UUAGUUUGAAGUUAGAUAUGAGGACAGUGAUUGCAAUUUUGGCGCUUGUUGGGCUGAGUGGGGCUCUCUCCUAUACGGACGUGCUGGAGGCGGAGUGGGAGACGUAUAAGCUGGACUAUGAGAAGGUCUAUGAGAGCAAGGAGGAGGAGCUGCUGCGCAAGCUCAUCUUCUUCGACAACAAGAAGCAGAUCGAUAGGCACAAUCAGCGCUACAGGCUGAACAAAGAGAGCUACGAAAUGGGCGUGAAUCAGUUUACGGACAUGCUGGACAAGGAGUUCGAUAGCCUGAUGCUGGGCAGCAUGAACCUAACGGACUUGACAUUCGACACGGAUCUGGUAUAUACGCCAGACGAGGCCAAGGCGCUGCCCACGGAGAUUGAUUGGCGGACUAAGGGCGCCGUCACGCCCGUGAAGGAUCAGGGCAAGUGCGGCUCAUGCUGGGCCUUCUCCGCAACGGGCACCCUGGAGAGCAUGAACUUCCUGAAGACGGGGAAGCUCGUCUCGCUCUCCGAGCAGAACCUGGUGGACUGCUCAACUAUCCGCUAUUUCAAUAGGGGCUGCGAGGGUGGAAUGCCGUCUCGAGCACUGAAAUACGUGCUGGACAAUGGGGGAAUCGACACGGAACUCUCCUACACCUACGAGGCCAAGCAGCUCUCCUGUCGCUACGAUCCACUUCACAUUGGCGCCCAGAUCACUGGCGUGGUCAAAGUGGCGAGGGGCGAGCCCCACCUGGCCGUGGCAGUCGCCGCGAAGGGCCCCAUUUCCGUGGCCAUCCAUGCGAGCAAGAAUUUCCGAAACUAUAAAAACGGCGUGCUGGACGAUAGGCAAUGCAACAAGCAGGCCAAUCACGCCGUGCUCGUGGUGGGCUAUGGCCACGAUCGACAGGGCGGCGACUUUUGGCUGGUGAAGAACUCCUAUGGCGCCAGCUGGGGCGAGGCCGGCUACAUACGCAUGUCCCGCAACAAGGACAACCAGUGCGGUAUUGCCAGCACUGCCGUUUAUCCACUCGUCUAGCUGCUAGCCCUAUUCAGUUCGUUUCAGUUCAGUUAUUCAAAUUCGAUCAACUCUAUUCAAAUCGCCUCUGCAAUUGACGUGAGUGGCGCUCGUUGAGCUGAACGAGC